AUGGCAACAUUCGUCAACUGGAUAAAGUCUCCCGCCGGCAGGCAGUACUUCUUCAGCACUCAUUUCUGGGGUCCUGUUGCCAACUGGGGUCUUCCUCUCGCUGCGCUUGCCGAUAUCGCCAACAAGGAUGAGGAGACCAUCUCUGGUGUUAUGAGCCCGACCUUGGCUGCUUACUCUAUGAUCUUCAUGCGGUUCGCUUGGCGUGUCCAACCACGAAACUACCUCCUCUUUGCCUGCCACGCCACCAACGCCUCCGCCCAGCUCGUGCAGGAAGGCCGGUUCCUCAACUACUGGUACUUUGGCGGAAGAGAAAAGAAGCACCCGGUGGCUGCCAAGGUCGACGAGGUGAAGGAUGUCGUCCAGGAGGGCGUUGACAAGGUCAAGGCCUAA